UGGCGGAACUGAGCCCAGUGGAGAACGACUUACAGCCGCUUUGUCACGCAUUGCCUCAGCACCGUACCAGCAGGCCAAACGCAGAUCACCUAGGACGACAUAUCUAUACAUUCAUGACCAGACAAGGAUUAAGUGGUUUAGAAGACAAUUGCAAGGAAGAGAUAGAACGGAUUUUACACAGGACUGUUGGGUUAUAGGAGAGCCCCAGGCAACCAUGGAUACAACUUUGCAUAGCCUGCAGAAACCGACAGCCUCAACCGACAAGGUCCUGGACGGCGGAACGGGACUCGCUUUGGAUAUGAGUAUGGGGGACCGGGAAUUCACGGAACAAUCGAUUAGACUUACCGACAAAAUCCCGUUAGUGAAGCCCUAUUUAAAAAAAAAAAAAGGACCGAGGAAACUAGACUCAAAAUGCCUCCGCGCGCUCCAGGACCCAAUCCUGACCACAUUACUGAGUACAGAUGCACUUGUUACCGGAGACGGGGUGUUUGUUCCCCGGAACCCUCCGACAAGGACAGCGGGGAACCUGUGCACUGCGGCGGUGGUCAAACAGGCGCGGAUUGGUGGGCCUGUGUGUCUGAAAGAUUCGGGAGCUACCGGAGUAACGGCUAUGAUUACCGGCGACACUGACACAGAAAUGGCGGACACCGCCGCCGAGUUGGAGGAGACAGAGAGGGGGGUAACCAAGAUACCGGUAGAUCUCCAGCGCGUGACAAUAGACCCGAACGAACGCAGAUUCCAGCUCAAACGUGUCCCCCGGGCGCGCGAGGUGGGGGCAGCAACCCCCACACCAGAUACCCCUCUAGUAUCCCCUCCAAGCCAGGGGGGCAACACGAUGAGUGACCUCUUCGCCUCUAAAGCCUUGCAGGGGCCAGAUUGUCUGACCAUCAAAGACAGUACGAACACCCCCAGUCUUCAGGCCGACAAAGGCGAGAUAUUUCAGGAUAAAAGCGAAGAGGCCUCCCUGGAUCUAGUGUUUGAUCUGCUAACCCAGCUCCAGUAUCACACGCACCAAGCCGACGCAGUUUCCAUCUGCGUGGAUUUCCUGCAGGGGUUGUGUGUGUACGGGAGUGACUGCGCUUACCACCAUACUGUGCUACCCUACCACUGGCAGAUCCGCAGGACUGAUACUGAAAGCUGGCAAAGCGUGGCGGAUGAUUCACAGGAACAGUUGGAGAGGCUUUACUGCAAUCCGGACAAUGAGCAAGUCAGGCUCAAAUAUCAGGGUCGUGUGUUUUCCUUAGACUUCAAUGCAAUGCGUGUUUGUGACCUGGAGUUCGACCACGUCAGACGGUUGACCACUCCCUCCAGCCCUGCCGCCCCGCCCCCAAACACAAACCCCGCCCCUAACUGCCACACAGUGUGGAAAUACUACUGCAGAGACAACUUCGGCUGGAGAGAAUAUUCUGAGCCGGUGGUGCGUCUGAUAGAGGAGGCUGGUGGUCGUGGUCUGAAGGAGGUCCGGUUCAUCACCUUACAGAACCACUACAUCCUCAACAUCAGAGAGGGCUUCCAGCAGAACGCCGUGUUCGGCUUCAGACGCCAGAUCAAGAAACGACCCCUCUUCCUCUCCUCCGUGGUCCUCACGCCACACCUACAGACUCUUGGUGGCCUCUCCUCUUUCCCCAUCUCCUCCUCCACUCUGGAUCUGUCUGUUUCUCUCCCCCUCUCUCCCACCUUCACCAACUCUCCCAGCGUAUUCCCGGAAACAUGGUUACCCAUGACGACCAGCCAGGACUUCCUGCAGGUUCCGGUAUCCCGUGACGACCGGAGCUAUCGGACCGUCUACACCCUCUUCCACAAGACGGUGUCCGAAACCAAGUUCCGCAUCCUGAAGAUCCUCCGCGUCCAGAACCCCUUCCUCUGGGAGAAAUACAAGCGGAAGAAAGAGUACAUGUCUCGUCGUCUCUCGGAGAUGGACAGGAUGCUGAGCGAGCGUCACCUUUUCCACGGCACCUCCACUGAGGUGGUAGAGGGCAUCUGCAAACACAACUUUGACCCGCGUGUCAGUGGCAAACACGCCACCAUGUUCGGACAAGGCUCCUACUUCGCCCGCAAGGCCGUCUACUCCCAUAACUUCUCCAAGCGCUCUCCUAAAGGGAUCCACUCCAUGUUCCUGGCCAAAGUGCUCACUGGCAGGUUUACAGUGGGGAACCCCUCCAUGCGUCGGCCGCCCCCACUCAGCCCCCGCGACCCUUCCAGUGACCUGUACGACUCGUGUGUAGACAACUGGGUGGACCCCCAGAUCUAUGUUAUCUUUAACGACGACCAGAGCUACCCCUACUUUAUCAUCCAGUACGAAGAGGUUCCCAGUACUGUGGCUAUCUGACACAGAGCAGACUGAACCAAACCCAGUACUGUGGCUGAGAACAGACCAGACAGAACCAAACCCAGUACUGUGGCUGAGAACAGACCAGACAGAACCAAACCCAGUACUGUGGCUGAGAACAGACCAGACCGAAUCAAACACAGUACCGUGGCUAUCGGACAAAGAGCAGACCGAACCAAACCCAGUACUGUGGGUGAGAACAGACCAGACCGAAUCAAACACAGUACCGUGGCUAUCGGACACAGAGCAGACCGAACCAAACCCAGUACUGUGGCUGAGAACAGAUCAGACAGAACCAAACCCAGUACUGUGGCUGAGAACAGACCAGACCGAACCAAACCCAGUACUGUGGCUGAGAACAGACCAGACCGAACCAAACCCAGUACUGUGGCUGAGAACAGACCAGACCGAACCAAACCCAGUACUGUGGCUGAGAACAGACCAGACCGAACCAAACCAGAGCUACCUCAUACUGCAUCAUCAGUAUGAAGAGUUAACCGGUACUGUCAACAUCUGAGAUCUAUUGGUUCCUCCCUACACCCGUCAACCACAGCAGCUUCCAUCUGUAUGCUGUUGGUUUGAAGCCCUUAAAUUGGACAGUGGAUGGCAUUUCAUUUGGACACAAUGCUGUGUGAAUAGACAUUAGCGUCUGCCAUUUUGGGUCUGAACAGAUUCAUUUGGACACAAUGCUGUGAGAAUAGACAUUAGCGUCUGCCAUUUUGGGUCUGAACAGAUUCAUUUGGACACAAUGCUGUGUGAAUAGACAUUAGCGUCUGCCAUUUUGGGUCUGAACAGUUUCAUUUGGACACAAUGCUGUGAGAAUAGACAUUAGCGUCUGCCAUUUUGGGUCUGAACAGUGGACAGUUUAAUUUGGACCCGACGUUGUGUGAAUGGAUAAUUGCCUUGGUGUCUGCCAUUCUGGAUCCCCAUCGGGACUGAACAGUGGACACUGAGACUCAGUGCUGGAGUGACCACAUUACGUUUCUGUUUAAAACAUAACCCCAAUCUCUCUCUCUCUAAGACAUAUUUGGUGAGAUAAGCUGUAUGUACGUUCUUCUUGUUUAUAUUUGAACUGUGUGCCUUUUGUUCAUAAAAAUGUUUAUUUAUGUUAGUUCAUGUAACAUUGAGUAAAUAAAUAAUCUGAAAGAGAAAAUCA